GAUUUAUUUUGCAUAUUCCAAGUGAAGAGAGAGACAAUGCAAUUAGAGUAUGUUUUCAAAUUGAACUUGCCCAUUGGUUUUACUUGGAUUUCUACAUGCAGAACACACCAGGAUUACCUCAGUGUGGGAUAAGAGACUUUGCUAAAGCUGUCUUCAAUCAUUGCCCUUUUUUACUGCCUCAAGGUGAAGAUGUCCAAAAGGUUUUAGAUGAGUGGAAAGAAUACAAAAUGGGAGUGCCCACCUAUGGUGCAAUUAUCCUUGAUGAGACACUUGAAAAUGUUCUUUUGGUUCAGGGCUAUUUAGCAAAGUCUGGUUGGGGAUUUCCAAAAGGGAAAGUAAAUAAAGAAGAAGCACCUCAUGACUGUGCUGCUAGGGAGGUGUUUGAAGAAACUGGGUUUGACAUAAAAGAUUAUAUCUGCAAAGAAGAAUACAUUGAGCUGCGAAUUAAUGAUCAGUUAGCACGGCUGUAUAUCAUUCCAGGAGUUCCCAAGAACACAAAAUUCAACCCCAAAACUAGAAGGGAAAUUCGGAAUAUUGAAUGGUUUUCUAUUGACAAAUUACCAUGCCACAGAAAUGACAUGACCCCGAAGUCCAAGCUGGGUUUGGCACCGAACAAAUUUUUUAUGGCUAUUCCCUUCAUCAGACCAUUGAGGAAAUGGAUUUCCCAAAAGAAUGGAGAUUCCUCAGAUAGUGACAAUGGAUUUUCAUCUACAGGGAGCACACCCUCUAAGGCCAACUUGGAAAAAGCUAGAUCCAAACUUCGCUGUAGUCAGCAGGUGUUUACAGAGGGCUUUUCAGGAGAGCAGUGGGUGAAGCCAAAACAGCCACAGAAGCCAUAUAAUCAUACUGAGGUGUCUGAAUUUUUGAAAAUAAAGAGUCAGAGCUCAAGGAGCAAUGGCAGAAAGCAGUAUCAAGAAAAUUCGAGCCAAAAGAAGCGAGCAAAUGGAGUCCACAGUCAACCGGUUAAGCAAAACCAUACCUUGAAAUGUGAAAAAAGGCUUAAUCCAAGAAGACUACAAGAUAACUUUGAAACAGAUGCAGCAUAUGAGAUAUGUUGUUCCAGUGAAGACCCACUGCCAGAACAUGUAGAGGGAUAUUCUGUGGCAUGCAAUGGCCACUACAAAUUUGCUUUCUCAUCAACAGCUUUCUUGAGUUUCAAGUUUGACCAUGAUGCCAUAAUGAAAAGUUUUGACCUCUGA